AUGCUCAAGUGCAUCCCGCUGUGGCGCUGCAACCGGCACGUGGAGUCGGUGGACAAGCGGCACUGCUCGCUGCAGGCCGUGCCCGAGGAGAUCUACCGCUACAGCCGCAGCCUGGAGGAGCUGCUCCUCGACGCCAACCAGCUGCGUGAGCUGCCCAAGCCCUUCUUUCGGUUGCUGAACCUGCGCAAGCUGGGCCUGAGUGACAACGAGAUCCAGCGGUUGCCCCCUGAGGUGGCCAACUUCAUGCAACUGGUGGAGCUGGACGUGUCUCGGAAUGACAUCCCUGAGAUCCCGGAGAGCAUCAAGUUCUGCAAAGCCCUGGAGAUUGCAGACUUCAGUGGGAAUCCUUUGUCCAGGCUCCCUGAAGGAUUCACUCAGCUGCGCAGCCUGGCUCAUCUCGCCCUGAAUGAUGUGUCCUUGCAGGCGCUGCCUGGGGACGUGGGCAAUCUUGCCAACCUGGUGACCUUGGAGCUCCGGGAGAAUCUGCUCAAGUCUUUGCCUGCGUCCUUGUCUUUCCUGGUCAAGCUGGAACAGCUGGAUCUGGGAGGCAACGAUCUGGAAGUGCUGCCCGACACCCUGGGGGCCCUGCCCAACCUGCGUGAGCUGUGGCUGGACCGGAACCAGCUGUCGGCCCUGCCCCCGGAACUCGGGAAUCUCCGGCGCCUGGUGUGCCUGGAUGUGUCGGAGAACCGGCUGGAGGAGCUGCCUGCGGAGCUCGGGGGGCUGGUGCUGCUCACCGACCUGCUGCUUUCCCAGAACUGGCUGCAGCGGCUUCCUGACGGCAUUGGUCAGCUGAAGCAGCUGUCCAUCUUGAAGGUAGACCAGAAUCGCCUCUGCGAGGUGACGGAGGCCAUUGGGGACUGUGAGAACUUGUCGGAGCUGAUCCUCACGGAGAACCUGCUGACGGCCCUGCCCCGCUCCUUGGGGAAGCUGAGCAAGCUGACUAACCUCAACGUGGACCGGAACCGCCUGGAGGCAUUGCCGCCUGAGAUUGGGGGCUGCAUGGCACUCAGCGUCCUCUCUUUGAGGGACAACCGCCUGGCUGUCCUGCCGCCAGAGCUCGCCCACACGGCCGAGCUGCACGUGCUGGAUGUGGCCGGGAACCGUCUGCAGAGUCUGCCGUUCGCACUCACUCACCUCAACCUGAAGGCCCUGUGGCUGGGGGGGGACCCGGCUAGUGGCUUUUUUUGUUUUUCUUGGGGGGGGGGGGGGGGGGCGUGGCCUCGGGUGGGGAGGGGCUUCCCCUUGACGCGCGCUUCCGCAGAGGACCCGGGGCCACGGAGCAGCCCUUCGGAGAGCUGGGGUGAUGCCCCGCUCGGCCGCGUUAGCGUCAUCCAGUUCCUGGAGGCCCCCGUGGGCGACGAGGACGCAGAGGAAGCUGCUGCUGAGAAACGGGGCCUGCAGCGUCGGGCUACGCCUCACCCCAGCGAGCUCAAAGUGAUGAAGAGGGGUGUAGAGCGUCGAAGCGAAGCCGCCUCCUGCAGGCCCGACUCCGCACAGCACUCACCCUCACCCCCGCCCUCGGAGGAGGAGAAGAGGCUGAGCACCGAGUCUGGCCUGAGUGCGGACUCGCACCUGUCUGCCAGCACAGCCUCCCAGGGUGAGCCCGAGGUGGGUGGUGUGGUGGGGCCGAGCCAGCUGGAAUCCACGCCAACCUCCCAGGAGGAAGUCACAGAGGAGAUCUAUGAGGAGCCCACGGUGCGCUUCGCGGAGGACACGCUGCUCCUGCCCAGGGAGGAUGGCGAGAGCGAGGCGGGGCAGCUGGAGGCCCCCUGGCCCGUGCCGGGUGAGAGGCAGCGGCUCAUCCGCAAGGACACGCCCCACUACAAGAAGCACUUCAAGAUCUCCAAGCUGCCCCAGCCUGAGGUCGUUGUGGCCCUGCUGCAAGGGACACAGCCAGAUAGUGAGGGCCCAGUAGGGUCUGGGGGCUGGCAGAACGGCCCCCACGUGCCCUGGGCUCCUCGAGCCGAGGAGGAGGAGGAGGAGGAGGAGGAGGAGGAAGCCGAGGAGGCGGAGGAGGAGGAGGAGGAGGAGGAGGAAGCCGAGGAGGCGGCGGCGGCGGUGGCAGCGGCAGGAGCCGAGGAGGCUGGCGAGGAGGGGGAGAGCGAGGGAGCUGUGGCUUCUGCACCCUCUGUCAAGGGGGUGUCGUUUGACCAGGCCAAUAACCUGCUGAUAGAGCCCGCUCGCAUUGAGGAGGAAGAGCUGACGCUCACCAUCGUGCGGCAGACGGGAGGCCUGGGCAUCAGCAUCGCGGGCGGCAAGGGCUCCACCCCGUACAAGGGCGACGAUGAGGGCAUAUUCAUCUCCCGGGUAUCUGAGGAGGGCCCUGCGGCUCAGGCUGGGGUCCGAGUAGGUGACAAGCUCCUCGAGGUGAAUGGCGUGGCCUUGCAGGACGCCGAGCAUCAGCAGGCCGUGGAGGCACUGCGUGGCGCGGGCACCACUGUGCACGUGCGGCUGUGGCGGGAGCGUAUGGUGGAGCCCGAGAACGCGGUCACCGUCACGCCUCUGCGGCCCGAGGACGACUACAGCCCCCGGGAGCGGUGGGGAGGCGGUCUGCGCCCGCGCCCGCGCCAGCCCGAGCCACCGGGGCCCCUCCGCCAGCGUCGCGUGGCCUGCCUCGUGCGCAGCGACAAGGGCUUGGGCUUCAGCAUCGCUGGGGGGAAAGGCUCCACACCUUACCGGGCUGGAGACCCGGGUAUCUUCAUCUCCCGCAUUGCUGAGGGGGGCGCCGCCCACCGGGCAGGCACCCUGCAGGUCGGCGAUCGCGUCCUCUCCAUCGACGGGGUGGAUGUGACAGAGGCCAGGCACGACCACGCCGUCUCCCUGCUGACUGCUGCCUCUCCCACCAUCGCCCUGCUGCUGGAACGGGAGGCCGGGGGGCCGCUUGCCCCCGGUACCCCGCCACACUCCCCCCCCCCACCCCCUGCUGCUACCACCACCACCAUGGCCACUGCCAACCCUGGGGAGCCCGGGCCGCUAAGGCUGGCCCCCAGUCUGCUGGCCGCUGCCCUGGAGGGGCCGUACCCAGUGGAGGAGAUCUGUCUGCCGAGAGCUGGGGGGCCCUUGGGGCUCAGCAUUGUCGGGGGCUCCGACCACUCCAGCCACCCAUUUGGCGUCCAGGAGCCCGGCGUGUUCAUCUCUAAGGUGCUCCCCCGGGGCCUGGCUGCACGCAGUGGCCUGCGGGUUGGGGACCGCAUCCUGGGAGUGAAUGGGCAGGAUGUGCGGGACGCCACCCACCAGGAAGCGGUCAGCGCCCUGCUGCGGCCCUGCCUGGAGCUGGUCCUGCUCGUGCGGAGGGACCCGCCGCCCCCGGGCAUGCGGGAGCUCUGUAUCCAGAAGGCCCCUGGGGAGAAGCUGGGCAUCAGUAUCCGUGGGGGCGCUAAGGGCCACGCAGGGAAUCCCUGUGACCCCACGGACGAGGGCAUCUUCAUCUCCAAGGUGAGCCCCACAGGAGCGGCUGGGCGAGAUGGUCGCCUGCGGGUGGGGCUGCGGCUGCUGGAGGUGAACCAGCAGAGCUUGCUGGGCUUGACACACGGCGAAGCCGUGCAGCUGCUACGCAGCGUGGGCGACACCCUGACUGUGCUUGUCUGUGACGGCUUUGACACCAGCAUCCCCGAGGUGUCCCCAGGCAUCAUCGCCAACCCCUUUGCAGCGGGCAUUGGCCGCAGGAACAGCCUGGAAAGCAUCUCCUCCAUCGACCGGGAGCUGAGCCCCGAGGGCCCCAGCAAGGAGAAGGAGCUGCCUGGACAGACCCCACAGUGGGGGCCGGAGGCCGUGGUGAGUGGUCGGAGCCUGGAGAGCCUGAAGCUGGAUUGCCGUGCCCUGGCCGCCACACCCAGCGCCGGCAGCGUGCAGAGGGUACCGUCUGGGGCAAGUGGCGGGAAGAUGACUGAGGCCCCCUGUUCCCCUGGCCAACAGCAGCCCCCCUCCCCGCCCUCCCCUGACGAGCUGCCCGCCAACGUGAAGCAGGCGUACAGGACCUUCGCUGCCGUGCCCGGCCUGCACCCGCCCCUGGAGGCCCCUGCCCAGCCCCCCACGCCUGGGCCCAUGGCCUCCCCGGAGCAGCUGUCCUUCCGCGAGCGGCAGAAGUAUUUCGAGCUGGAGGUGCGGGUGCCCCAGACCGGGGGCCCCCCUAAGCGCGUGUCGCUGGUGGGUGCCGACGACCUGCGGAAGAUGCAGGAGGAGGAAGCCCGAAAGCUGCAACAGAAGAGGACACAGAUGCUGCGCGAGGCGUCGGGGGACGCGGCGGACGCGCGGCGCCCGGAAGGCGAGGCCCCGGAGGACGAGGAGCCCGAGGAGGAGCCCCCUCCACCCGGCUCUCCUGUCGCCCGGCCCAGGCUUGGCCCCGCGUCCCCCCCGCCGCAGGGAGGCGGCGCUCCGGUGCGGACGGCCAAGGCCGAGCGGCGCCACCAGGAGCGGCUGCGCGUGCAGAGCCCGGAGCUGCCCGCGCCUGAGCGGACCCUGUCCCCGGCGGAGCGCCGCGCCCUGGAGGCCGAGAAGCGCGCGCUGUGGAGGGCGGCCAGGAUGAAGUCUCUGGAACAGGACGCCCUCCGCGCACAGAUGGUCCUCAGCAAGUCUCAGGAGGGCCGAAGCAAGCGGGGGCCUCUGGAGCGCCUGGCCGAGGCCCCCUCGCCCGCGCCCACCCCGUCACCCACCCCCUUGGAAGACCUCGGCCUCCAGACCGGCACCUCCCCGGGACGCUUGGCCUUGUCUGGGAGGAAGUUUGACUACAGGGUGUUUGCAGCCCUCCCCUCUUCCAGACCUGUCUAUGACAUGCAGUCCCCAGAUUUUGCUGAGGAGCUGAGGUCCUUGGAACCAUCUCCGAGCCCUGGUCUGCCAGAGGAGGAUGGAGAGGUGGCCAUGGUGCUUCUGGGCAGGCCUUCUCCCAGCGCCGUGGGCCCCGAGGAGGUGGCCCUGUGCAGCAGCCGCCGCGCCGUGCGGCCGGGGCGCCGGGGCCUGGGCCCGGUGCCCUCCUAG